AUGCAUCGCAGUGUGUUCGACGUCACUGAUCUCAAGUGCGUGUCGGAACCGAAGCUGACGGAGCUGCUUCGGAGCGUCCCCGGGGGCGAUCCGUCUCGGAACCUCCGGGACCAGGGCUAUAGUCUCGCCGAGAUCAGGAAGUCGCUGGUCAUCUGGAGGAUCGGGAUCCUGGCCGCCGCCGCCGGGCCCGGCGCGGUGGCAGACCGGCACUCCGUAAGGACGUUCACGCCGAAGAUGCUCCGCGGGCACGAGUUCAGGGAGGUGGGCAUGUAUGUGGCGAUCGACGGCAGGGUGUACGACAUCACGAGCUACGUCGACUUACACCCGGGCGGCCUCCAGGUCCUGGUCGAGAAUGCCGGACGGGACGUCACCGCCCUCUUCGACCAGUACCACCGGGAGAACCGCGACCUCAUCGUGUCGAGGCUGCAGGAGUUGUAUGUCGGCAAUCUUGUCGAGCAGCGGCAGCAGUAUCAGGACGACGAGCUGGAGGGCACGGCGAACAGGGACCUCGUCCGCCCGCACGAGAUCAUGAUUGACAGGAGCGUUUACUCGGUCCAAGCGCUUAGGGAGUCGGACGAGUACGAAGCGCACAAGGAUCUUGUGGAGCAGGUCUCGCCGUACCUGGGCACAGAUGCUACGCAGGACCUCAAGGUGGAGGACGACGACGAGGCGCCGCUGCUCCAGCUCGCCCGGCUCAGGGCCUACAUCGUGGCCACGGUCGCGAGGAUCGGACAGGGCCUCCCGGAGAUGGAGCGUGACGAGCUGCAGAUGUUUGACGGGCAGGCCGACGAGGUCAGGGACGUGCAAAACGACUCGUUCGUGGCCUCGGACGGCAUGGUCUAUGACCUGACGGCGGCCAUGCGGUUCGGCUCGGCCAACCCCAACUACCCAAAGUUCGAGCCGUUCCUGGGGGGCAUCGUGACGGAUCAAGAGCUCAAGUCGUAUCUGGUCAGCCAUUGCCAGGAUCUGAUCUGCGCCGUCCUGGUCAAGAAGAAACGGCCGGGCGGUGGCGGGGGCCGCGUCGUGAAGUGGGAUCCGAGGAGACCGGCGCCUCGCAACUUCAAGAUGCCCAUCUGGACCGACCAGCCAAAGAAGACGAAGAAGCGGUCGUCCCCGGCCGACGACGAGAUCGCCCCAUACCCGAGCGCCGUCCGAAAGGCGCGGGAGACAUUACGGGACGAGGACUUUGAGAGGGAGGACAUAUUCCGGCCGGCGCCGUCGCGGAACUACCUCAACAACCUGAUGGCCAGCAUCAAACACGGGGCCCGGCCCGAGCUCGGCGGGGCUCCGGAGACGAGGUCCGAGUCUAGCGGCGGUGCGCUCUCGUGCGUUCCGAGGCCGACGCCGGGGCAGCUUCAGCGGCCGACUUCGGAGUUGAGGCGGCGGACGGAGGAGAAGAGGGCAAGUGGGAUGAGGAGGGUGUCAGGCAGCCAUUCGAUGGCGGGGUUAGCCGUGAAAAGACCGGAGAAGUCAUCAACGGGCAAUGUUGAAGGCACACGGGAACCACAGACGUCCGCGGGAGAGAGGAAUGUGGCUCAGGACGUGAGAGACUCGCCGAGUGAGCCGGAGCGGACGGCCUUGGAGGUUUUGCCCAAGCGGAAGCUGCUCUUUAGAGCAGACGAUGGACCUCCGAGGAAGAAACGGUAG